AUGCCACGCCACUCCAGAGAGGACGCAGGAUUGGCUCUCGAGGCCGUGGAGAGGCCCGGAGAGUGGAGGGCCCGGAGAGUGGAGAGGCCCGGAGAGUGGGGGGCCCGGAGAGUGGGGAGGCCCGGAGAGUGGGGGGCCCGGAGAGUGGAGAGGCCCGGAGAGUGGAGAGGCCCGGAGAGUGGGGGGCCCGGAGAGUGGGGGGCCCGGAGAGUGGGGGGCCCGGAGAGUGGAGAGGCCCGGAGAGUGGGGGGCCCGGAGAGUGGAGAGGCCCGGAGAGUGGGGGGCCCGGAGAGUGGAGAGGCCCGGAGAGUGGAGAGGCCCGGAGAGUGGAGAGGCCCGGAGAGUGGGGGGCCCGGAGAGUGGGGGGCCCGGAGAGUGGAGGGCCCGGAGAGUGGAGGGCCUGGAGAGUGGAGGGCCCGGAGAGUGGAGGGCCCGGAGAGUGGGGGGGCACGGAGAGUGGAGAGGCCCGGAGAGAGGGGGGGCCCGGAGAGUGUGGAGGGCCUGGAGAGUGGGGGGCCCGGAGAGUGGAGGGCCACGCUCGGCUCUCACGGCCCAGCGUCCUCUCUGCUUCCUGUGUGCGGCUGCAGCUUAAGCUCAAACUCUGGCAGCGAAAAUAACUGGGGUCAAAUGGUGUGUGACGACGUACAGACCAUAAUAACCACUCACAGUCUGUGGAGGGCCAGCUCCACUCUGGGCUGCUCCCUGGACUCUGUGGAGGAGGUGAGGGACAGGAGGCCCCUGGACUCUGUGGAGGAGGUGAGGGACAGGAGGCCCCUGGACUCUGUGGAGGAGGUGAGGGACAGGAGGCCCCUGGACUCUGUGGAGGAGGUGAGGGACAGGAGGCCCCUGGACUCUGUGGAGGAGGUGAGGGACAGGAGGCCCCUGGACUCUGUGGAGGAGGUGAGGGACAGGCGGCCCCUGGACUCUGUGGAGGAGGUGAGGGACAGGAGGCCCCUGGACUCUGUGGAGGAGGUGAGGGACAGGAGGCCCCUGGACUCUGUGGAGGAGGUCGGGGUUGUUCUGUUCUGGUGUGUGUUCCUGGUGCUCAGUACAGAUGCAGAGCUCAGCAUCCCUCUCUGCUCCACAUUCCGGCUCCCGACAGAUGCAGCUCUUUGA